CUAACCAAACCGGGACGUCUGAGAACCACAAUGAUCUAGUUGGUUUAACCGGUCCGACCAUCAAAGAGGAUUUUGCAAACAUCAUCAACAAAAGAAAAGUUUUGAUUUUUUUUGCACUAAACCCUAAAAAAGCUUCAACGCCGUUCGUUUGUUGCGAUUCUUCUUCCUCUCUCUUACUCUUCCAAACCUCAGUCCCAGCUCCAGAAUCUACACUGCUCUAAGCGCAAUGUCAACUCGGCCGGAGUUACUCGCGCCGCCGGAGAUAUUCUAUAACGAAUCAGAGGCUCGGAAGUAUACUUCUUCAUCACGUAUCGUUGAAAUUCAGGCGAGGCUUUCAGAGAGAGCUUUGGAGCUUCUUGCUUUGCCCGAAGAUGGAGUCCCUAGGUUGUUGCUCGACAUUGGUUGUGGAUCUGGUCUGAGUGGUGAAACACUCUCUGAAAGCGGGCACCAGUGGAUUGGUCUUGACAUUUCAGCCUCAAUGCUUAAUCUCUAUGCUCAUGGCUUAGGUAUUCGUGCAGGAGUUAUAGACGGAGCCAUCAGUAUAUCGGCUGUUCAGUGGUUAUGCAAUGCGGACAAGUCAUCGCAUGAACCUCGUUUGAGGCUAAAGGCUUUCUUUGGGUCACUAUACCGAUCCUUGUCAAGAGGAGCAAGGGCAGUUUUCCAAGUGUACCCUGAGAAUAUAGCUCAGCGUGAAUUGAUUCUUCGUCAGGCCUUACAAGCUGGAUUUGGCGGUGGGCUUGUUGUUGACUAUCCUCACAGUACAAAGAAGAGAAAAGAGUUCUUGGUCCUCACAUGUGGUUCUGUACCAACCAGUAUCAACGAAGGGUAUAAAGAGAGUGGCUCGGAGGAUGACGAUAGCGAAGACGAAGACAACGGAAUGGUGGGUGUAUCAGAUAGGAGUCGGCCGAGGAAGAAGCAGAGAACGAACAAGAAAGGGAAAGGAAGGGAAUGGGUUCUGAGGAAGAAAGAACAAAGUAGAAGAAAAGGAAACGAUGUUCCUGCUGAUUCCAAAUACACCGCCAGAAAACGCAAGUCGCUUUGUGACCAGAAGGAUAACAACAACGUUCUGUUUAAUACAAAUGGAAUGAUGUAUCUUCCUCGUCAAGGCAAAACAGCUAAGAAGAAAGAGCAUUGCGUGAUCUGUUUCGACGACAUUGAUUCCGAUCUCAUGUUCUACGCCGUUAGCUGCGGUCAUCGGUUUUGCUCUGAAUGUGUAAAACGACACAUUGAAGUGAAACUGGUCGAUGGAGAGAUACCGAACUGUCCUCAGCAUCGGUGCAAGUCUCUCCUUUCUAUCGAUGAUUGCGACGAGCUUUUGAAUCCCAAACUGAGUUUGAUGUGGAUGCCGAAGAUCGACGAGUCCUCUGUUCCUCUCACAGACAGAGUUUACUGUCCGUAUCAAACCUGCUCUUAUCUAAUGUCCAAAACCGAGCUUUCUCUUUCUCUCUAUGCUGAAAAAUCUUCAGGACGUAGGAGAUGCUUCAAAUGCGGUGGCGACUUCUGUGUCCACUGUCAAGUUCCAUGGCAUAGCGAGCUAUCGUGCGACGAGUACAAGAAGUUGCAUCCUAAUCCUCAAGAAAGCGAUGAUGCAAAGCUAAGAUCUUUGGCAAACCUUAAUAAGUGGCGUCAGUGUCCAAAGUGCCAACACAUGGUUGGACGUUCUUACGGAUGCAUACGCAUAACUUGCAGGUGUGGAACUGCUUUUUGCUACGCUUGUGGUUCCGAAUGGAGGAGCGGUUUCCAUAGCGACUGCGUUUAUUGCAACCAAUACGGCGGAUCCCUGGCUGGGUUUAUUACUGUGUUGUUUCUUACUUUACUUGCUGGUUCGGUGUUAUACUUCUUAGGCGCCUAA